UUGUGGCAUUUCGCAGGCUGGAGGCAGGAAGUGUGUGGAAGUUUGUUGAUGGAAAAAAGUUCUAAUGGUUAUUUUCAUGCCAGUGUAAAAAGUUACGUUUCUCUGGUUUGGCGACUCUCAGAAGACUGUGCCGAAGCUGUUUGGAGACACCAAAGGGACCAGAACAUCAAGAAUAAUGGGGAGCGAACCAGGCCCAGUUCAGAUUGUCAAUGUGUGUAAGGACGAUCACUCUUUCACCUUGGAGCUCAAUGCUUUGAGUCAGAUCCUGCUGAACCCCAAGGUCCGAGACAAACGCGUGGUGGUGGUGUCAGUGGCCGGAGCCUUCAGGAAGGGGAAGAGCUUUCUGCUCGACUUCAUGCUUCGAUACAUGCACAGACAGGACGAGGAGAAAUGGAUGGGUAACGAUAACGAGCCUCUGACCGGGUUUUCUUGGAGAGGAGGGUCAGAACCGGAAACAUCAGGCAUCCAGCUGUGGAGCGAAGUUUUCCUUGUCCAAAAGAGCGAUGGUGAAGAGGUGGCUGUGGUGUUGAUGGACACUCAGGGAGCGUUUGACGACCAGUCCACUGUGAAGGACUGUGCCACCAUCUUUGCCCUCAGCACUAUGACCAGCUCCAUACAGAUCUACAAUCUCUCACAGAACAUCCAGGAGGACGACCUGCAGCAGUUACAGCUGUUCACCGAGUAUGGUCGUCUCGCCAUGGAUGAGAUCUUUCAGAAGCCCUUUCAGUCUUUGAUGUUUCUGAUCAGGGACUGGAGCUUUCCCUACGAGUACAGCUAUGGGUUCAAAGGCGGGAAUCAAUUCCUGGAUAAACGGUUACAGGUUAAGGAGGCUCAACACGAGGAGCUGCAAACAGUCAGGGAGCACAUUCGUUCAUGCUUCACCAACAUAUCCUGCUUCCUCUUACCUCACCCUGGUUUAAAAGUUGCCACCAGUCCUGCCUUUAAGGGACAGCUCUGUGAUGUGGGUCCUGAGUUCAGAGACCAGCUGAAGAUUUUGAUUCCCAAACUGCUGCAUCCAGACCGUCUGGUGGAGAAAGAAAUAAAUGGAAACAAAGUCACAUGCAGCGGCCUGCUCGAGUUUUUCAAGGUUUAUAUCAAGAUUUAUCAGGGGGAAGGCCUACCGCAGCCAAAGACUAUGCUCAUGGCCACAGCAGAGGCCAAUAACUUGGCAGCUGUGGCGUCAGCCAAAGACCAGUAUUACAGGAACAUGGAGAAGGUGUGUGGAGGAGACCUGCCUUAUGUUUCUCCAGAGUCCCUGGAAGAGAAACAUCAGUUUUUCUUCCGGGAGGCUCUUCAUGUCUUUGCAUCCACCAAGAAGAUGGGCGGACAGGAGUUUUGUAACCGUUACCAGGAGAAACUGGAAAAGGAGCUAUUGGAAAUGUGGGAGUCAUACCAGAAGCACAACGAGUCCAAAAACCUCUUCAGCGCCUUCCGAACUCCAGCUGUGCUCUUUGUCCUGGUGUGCCUCCUCUACGUGCUCUCUGGCUUGCUUCUUUUUAUCGGCCUGUCCACCUUCGCCAUGUUGUGUGACUGCACUCUUGGUGCGGUCAUGGUGGCCAUGCUGACGUGGGCCUUUAUCCGCUACUCGGGUCGGUACCGAAAUGUGGGAGGAGCCAUCGACCAGGCUGCCGGCGUCGUUCUGGAGCAGGCCACUGUUAUGCUGAACAAGUCGAGAGGGACAAGCAUGGUGGACCACAAGAAAACCCGUUAAAAGACCUCCAAGCUCUCUUCAUAAUCCAAUGCAAACGGCACCCACAGCAAGCACACAGUCAGCACCCAAAGCCUUAUCAUGCCACCCAAGCUCAACAACACUGACACGGGGUAGCAAGAUGAUGCCACUUCACCAGCAUCUCUAUUAUGCAUAAUAUUCUGCCUGUCAAAGGUUCUGUUAUUCUCUGAGGCAGGGACGUAAACUGUAUUUUAUGUCUUAAAUUGACACUGCCAUUACUUUACAAGUUUACAAUUGGUCUUAAUAGACAAGUCAAUGUUUACCUUAAACCUAAAAACACUUUUAUUUUCUACUUCAAGCUUAAUGCAUCUUCAUUGGCUGUAUGUUGCUCAGACAGGGUUUCUGCGGUGUAUCUUUUAAUAGUUUCCUAAAAUGCUAGCUUUAAAGCGUAUACAUUUAUUCAGGUUUCUGUGAGGUUUUCUGCGUUUUCGCUCAUUGACUUUAAAACAUUCCAGCUUGUUUGUAGAUUGGCUUCAUAUUUUAAUAUAAACUAGCAUUUCUUGGGAGGCUGAAUGGCACUUCUUUGAGGGGAGAAUAAACACAGUUUUUUGCUCUACACAGCACAGCAUGGAGCCUGUAUGUAAUGUGAGAUUCACUUGUUUGUUCUUUUAUGGAAAUAUGCCAUCCUUUGUUUAUCCGAGUACUAAAUAAUAGACCACAUGGAAUAUACACUCCAUAAAAAAUUCCAAAGGAAAGACAGUAUUAGAAUGCUGAUAAGUGUUGAUUGACCAAAUAAACUGCUUUAAUUAUGUUAAGAGUCAGCGCUAAUGUCAAAUUGUAAUGAUGUCAAAAAUCAGUGAGUUUAAGCGAUAAUACAGUCCAAAGCAUGGGAUAGGAUACAGGAUAAUUCCGUCUCUUUAAAGACAUUUAAACAUGCUAGUAAAUUAAUUUAAGACAUACGUGAAACUAAUGACAAGCAAAAUGUUUGCAUAGAACAAAAAAAACAGGAGAAAUGAGCAGAAAAUUGUAGCACAGCUGUUAUCCUGAAUUUUUGUACAAGUGUUUCAUUUUUCAGAGGGCUGCAACACUUGGACUUGGAGAUUAUAAUCAUGUAACAUAUGGCAUUGUUAGUUAUGCUUUCCCCUCAAAUGAUCUUGUGAUGUUUUAAGUGAUGGGUAAUGGUCUAUACUGUCAGCAGAAAGAUAACAUGGUGACACCCCACCCUAUUCAAAAGCCCCACUUUUAAAAUAGCUGUAACUAAAGUGGAUAUUUAAACUGCUUCGCAUUAAUUUGUUCUAUUAAAAAAAAAACAAUUUAAACAUUUGUUAAGUUGUGUGAGGUAAAACUUGGAUUUAUCUGCCUCCCGGUUCAGCUCAAAACUACCGUUUCAAAUGACAGACUUUUACUGCGAAAGAAAAAUAAUCAAUAUGGGCUAACUUGAUUCUUACAUCCUUGUUUGCAUGCAGCCAGUUAACCAUUUAAUCUUUAGCAAAUCAACAAGUUAUACUGAGGAAUAAAAAGCUGGACCACUCAGUGGAUUUAUUGUAUUUUAGUUUGUUUUUGUGGGGCCAAGCAGGCACUGCUCCGGCCAGCUCAGAGUAAAUCAGGUAGUGGAUUAAAGGACGAUGAUUAUUUGUAGCUAUGCCCUACAUCUCUAAAUAUGUAACGUGCAUGAUAACGUGAAGAUGGCUCCUGUAACUAUGCAGCAGUAUGCACUUUAAUAACUAAUACUAAAAAAAAACCAAAAAAACCAAAAAGCUGUACAAUGAUGCUUUAUUCUCACAGUGAUUCCAUAUUACUCUUAAUGAUACAAAUCCACAUAGUAAAGGGCCAAAAAUUCCCAAAUUGAAUAUGAUAUUGAAUAUUUGUGAUUUUUGACCAUCAUUUUGCACUUUCCAUUUCUGUCUCUUUCCACGAGAGGAGGGAACUGUUUAAAUUGUUUUUUAAAAAAAGCAGUUAUUAUUGCACUUCCCCUCCUCUUUGGUGCUUUUUGUACACAGCUUGUUUCAAAGGCGAGCAAAUGCAUGCAACGCUGCAGCCCCAGCUAAUGCAGUCAUCUCUUGCAGGUAUAUGGUGGCUUUAACUUGAGAAGUGCUGUUUUAUAGAGAAUAAACAGGAGCCUCAAACUGUU